AUGAUGGAAGUCUUGAAUUCGAUUUGCAUGCUUGACAAUGGACAAGCAUGUAAAAUGAAGAUGAUGGAAGUCUUGAAUUCGAUUUGCGGGGUAUAUUCUGUCACCAUAGAUGCUGAAGAAGGAACUGCAAGAGUUUCCGGGUUGGUCGACCCGAACAUACUUAUGCGGGCAUUGACAAGGACCGGGUACCAUGCAGAGUUGAAAUGGGUCAAGCUAAAACACCAGGAAUUGAGUAGAGGCUACAAUUAUGGACAUGGAUACAACUAUGGAGCAAUUGAUGACCCGUAUAGGUCAUCAGUAGAUUCAACUGAAUCAGUCGAAAUGAACGUUGAAGCUAAAACCGGCCACAUAGCAAGACUUCCACCUUUUUAA